AAUCCAACUGCAAGUCAGUUUCUGAGCCCAGGCACUCGACGCCAAGCAUCUUCACAGCAGCACUGCAUUUAUAUCGCGUCGCGGACGUGAUGAGAUGGCCGAGGGGCUUCGCGGGAGUAUUCAAGCGUAACACCUUACCCGCAGCCAAAUCAGGAGGUAUUUGAAUGGAGGUUGCAUCUAACAGGGAGGGAGGAGAUUUCAUCUUAGACAUGAUCUGUGGGCAGUGCACGUUGAAGCCAUUUGCGUAGAACUAUGGGCUGUGCCUCAGCCAAGCAUGUCUCUACUGUUCAAAACGAGGAGGAAGCGCAGAAGGGAAAGAACUUCCAAAAUGGCGAUGUCUUUGGGGAGGAGUUCAGGAUUAGAACAGUCGAAGAGGUGAAGUACAUGAAAAAUGUGAACCGGGAAGAAUCUGAUUGGUCUGAGAAAGGACAUGCUGGUCAUGAAGAUGAACAGAAAGUUGCUGCCAGGAACCAGGAGAACCUGGACAGGAGUGCGUUGCCAAAUGUUAAAGCUAAACUCAGCAAAGAAGCACCAAUACUAACACACACACCUAGAGCAAACCUUCACACCUCAGACAGUCAGCAAGAAUUCUUUAAGAUGUUGGAUGAAAAAAUUGAAAGGGGGCGUGACUACUGUUCAGAAGAAGAGGAUGUUACAUAGUGCCAAUCCUCCUACACAUUGUACGACUACCACUGUGUAUAUAGACUAAAGCCAGAUCAGUAUGUACAAGUUACCACUGCAAAUAAGACUACAUUGGAGGUGGAAGACUAUUUGGCAUUGCGUGCUACAUUAUGGGACUAACAUUUCCUUGCGAAUGGAAAUGCAAGCAUCGCUGAGAACUAUCAAUGCUCUUUGCUGCUAAUGAUUUCCUUUCUGCAUUCUUUCUUUUCGUGCCCGCAAGUAUGCAACUUCGAACAUCGUCUCAAAUUCCAAGGAAGACAACUGGUGACAUAAGUAAUAGGAGGCCUGCUUGAAAACUUUGCAUGGUUCACUUGAUGUUACAGUCAUGUUUGGAAACACAAGCUUUCUCUGAACUUUAAAAAUCUGUGAAAGGCAUUUGUCAGAUCUUGUGAAUUUGGAUUGAUGCAACCAUGCAUAGAUCUCUUCCUGUUCUUGAUUCCUUCAGUCAUGCCUACAAGCAGUGAAUGGGUGAAAUGCACAAGUGGCAACGGUUCUGUUACUUUCUACAAGGACGCUGUUUAAUAAACCUGACAAUUGGAUACAAAGCAUUGAAUAAAAAACUUUUAUUCGCUCUGUUAGAACUGAUAAGCACCUGUCCUAUCCAAAAAAAUAUAUAUAUAUAUAAAAGCUUUUUGUCUCGGUGCCGGAUAAUAUGGUUGCUUUUAGCAGUGUUCCCAGCAACAUUUUGAUUUUUUUUCUAUUAAUAAAAACAUUGUAGUUUC